UCCAAGAUGGCGGCGGCCGAGGCCUCCGCUUCGUUCCUAGGCCUGGGCCCCGGUUCCCGGGAUCCCGGGGUUGUCGCCGCUUCCCGGCGCCGUUCCCGAGGGCCUCGCAACCGGAAGAAGGCCUGGAAGCGGCUGUCGGGCCCCGAGGCGAGGCUGGGCCGCGAAAUCGCCGACUUCCUUGAAGAUGUGGCCUUGGAGCAGCGGACCACGGGGGGCCUCAUCUCAGAGCAACCGGACGAGGGCCUCUUCUUCCUGGACACCGGGAACGCCACCAAGGACAAGGGUGAGGAUUUGGGGAGCCGCCCCCCACUGAAGCCGCUCCACGUGGAUCUGGUUCUGCAGCCGCUUUCCAAGGUGCCGGCCCCCAAAGACAUCCUCGCCCACCAGAUCCCCAACGCCCGGAAGCUGCGGCGCCGCCGGGAAUUCUGGGCCAGGCAAGCGGAAAAGGGGCUGUUCCCGCGGGAAGAGCGGCGCUUCCGGAACCGCCUCCGCCGGGAUCCGCCCCCCUCCGCCGCAGCCCCGCCCCCCCACCUGGAGAAGGGGCGCUCGGACCCGCACAGGGAGUUCUAUGACCUAUGGGGGGCCCAUAACCCCCUGGACCAGGCACUGGUGGGGCAGGACCCAUGGUUCCUGCAACAGACCAAGAAGCUCAAGGUCAAGCGUCCCUCCCGGCUGCAGCCGCUCCCGGAGGUGCCGGCUCUGGAGGUCAUCGAUGGCGGCGGCUCCUAUAACCCAACCUUCGGGGAGCACCAGGCGCUGCUGCUGCGGGCGCACGAGGAGGAGCUGAGGAAGCAGCGAGCGGAGGAGAAGCUGGAGCGGAGGCUGCAGAUCCCAGCUGGGAUCCAGCUGCCCACUGCUGAGUCGGUGCUGCAGGAGCAGUGUGAGGGGCUCCUGGAGGAGGAAGAGGAAGAGGAGGAGCAGGAAGAGGAAGCGGAAGCGGAGCCUCGGGAAGCUCCCAGGGCACAGAAGGGGAAGAAGACGGAGCAGCAGCGGCGGAGGGAGAAGGAAGCGCGAGCACUGGCGCAGCGGCAGCGGCGGGAGGCGGCGGCCCGCAGCGCGCGGCAGGAGCUGUUCCGGCUGCGCGCGCUCCGCCGCCAGGUGGCGCGCUGGGAGGCGGAGCUACGGCGCAGGCGCGCGCUCAGGGCGGCCGCGCGCGCGGCGGGGAAGGCGCGGCCCCGGCGCGUGGGGAGGCUCCGGUACCAGGAGCCAGCUCUGGACGUGCAGCUCAGCCAUGAGCUCCCCGAGUCCCUGCGGGUGCUCAAGCCCGAAGGCAGCAUCCUCCGGGAUCGCUUCAAGAGCUUCCAGAAGCGGAACAUGAUCGAGCCAAGGGAAAGAGCCAAGUUCAAGCGCAAGUAUCGCCUCAAGUAUGUGGAGAAGAGGGCGUUCAGGGCCGUGACGUGA